GACUUUUUUUAAUAACGUUUCAGGUAGUACGGUAACACAGAACUAUUGUAACCUUUCCAGCAUAAUCCUUAUAAAACCCAAUGUCCUUUUCACUUUUUUGUUCCUUUUACCCCCUUUUUUUCUCUUGUACAAGUACUAGAAACUAUGUCCUCUUCUCCUGAAGGCUGGUUUUUCAUUAAAAAUUUGAAUAACGGCUACGUUUUGUCAGUCGAAAAGUUCGCGGCUGGUGAACCUGUGGUUAUCGCCUCCAUCCGUAGUAAGGAUGUUGACUCACAGCUCUGGCAACAUAGCGAAGAUGGUCGCCUUCACAACAAGAAGACCGGAUUUGUUCUCGAUAUUGCUAAAGGUGCUGCGAAAGCUGGCUCUGAUGUGAUCGUUCAAAGAGACUCAAACUCCUCUGAUGGUCAAACCUUUGGUUUCUCUUCUGACGGCCACAUUUAUCUGGCAAAAGAUUCUAACCUUGUACUUGGAAUCAAGGACUCCUUCUUCUCUCGUCGUGAAGGCCAACAUGUUCAUCUACAGUUGGUUGACAAGAAAAAUGUCAAGGAACGCAAGGAGCAGCGCUGGGAAUUUGUCUUGCCUGCAAAGCGUACCACGGUUGGUUCUGUUAUUUCUGGUUCCGUUGAUAGUUUGAAGCGUACUAUUAGUGGUGCUUCUCUCGGUAGCAUUAGUACAUCCUCUCUUCAUUCUCAUCAUGAUGAAGAAGGCUGUCUUGACGAGUCUGCUCAUUUUCAAUCGGAUAACUUCCCUGAAAACGAGUUCUUUAUUAAGUCUGAAUCUACCGGUUACUUCGUUGGCGUUGACGCUACUUCCGUCAAUGGUCCCGGUAGCAAAUUGUCUCUUGAACCUCUCCGUAAAACUAAUUAUGAAAGCCAACUCUGGCAUUAUGACGCUUUAACGGGUCGCUUGAUUAACAAAGCCUCUGGCUUCGCUUUAAGUGCUGAAAACAUAUCUGAUGAAGCCCCUAUUUGCCAAUCUCCACUGUCUUCUGAUAAGGAUUUAACUAAACAAGCCUGGGCCUUGGGUUCUUCUGGCUCUAUCCGCUUAAAGAGUGAUCCACACUAUGUUCUCGGUUUCAAGGAUAAUUGGUUUAACUUGAACCGUGAAGGUGCUAAUGUCUUACUUCAAAAACAAAGUGACCACAAAGUCCACUCUCAUCAAAAGUUUGUUAUUGUUCUUCCUAUUUUCAAAAAGAAAACUACUGAAAUUGUCUCUGCUACCGAGCAAAUUGGUGUAUUUCCCGAGGGCUACUUUUUUAUCAAAAAUCAAAAGCACGGUCUUGUCAUUACUGUUCUUGAAACUGAGAAGCUUGCUGCACAAGUUAUCGCUACUAAACUGGAUAUGCAAAACUAUAACCGUCAACUCUGGACUCACAAAGACGGAUUUCUAUUUAAUAAGGCUUCAGGAUUGGUGUUGGACGUACGCGGUGGUUGUAUAGUUGAUGGUUCCGAGCUUUGCCAGUAUAAGCAAAAGUCAGAAGGUUAUGAAAAUCAGCAAUGGGGUCUAUCUGUUGAAGGUUUUAUUCAUGCCAAGACUCACAAGGACAAGGUACUUGCUAUUGACGCACAAUCAGGAGAAAAGGCAAACCUCGUUUUGGCCUCCAGGAAGACACCCGAACUGUCCAAAAGUCUGUUACUCAUCAUCAUUAUGCCCAAUACCCAAGCGGCUGGUUCUUCAUCCGCUCUUUUACCAGUGGCAGUACUAAUGAAUCUCCUCUUGUUCUUACUGCAAACGUUUCCGGAGACUCCUUUACUUUGUCUAAAAUCAGCAAGGAGGACUGGCGUUACCAACUUUGGAUGCACUGGAAUGGUAUUUUAAUCAAUUUUGCCACCCAGUUGGCUAUUGAUGUUAACAACGUCGCAGUUGGAUCUACCAUCCGUCAGGAAUUACGCCAGGCUAACUCUGUGUCUCAGAAAUGGUUCAUUACCACAGAAGGUUAUCUCGUUCAUGGCUCAAAUUCGGCACUUUCUCUUAUCCCA